UAUGAUCUCUGCAUUUCACUUUCGACAUCCUCCUCUUUGAUAGUUUCAGUCACAGAAAAUAGUUACUAGGUAGCCAGAAAGCACAAUAGUUUCCAAAUUCAUUUGUAUGAGCUCAGAGAAUACAUCACACUUUUAAUAUUUUCCAUUGGAGUAUCACAAUGGACUGGAUAAUUACUACUACAGUGUUCUUGUCAGUGUUAAAAGCUGCACUUUGUUUUAAUAUCGAACCUGUGGCUUGGAAGGUCCUGGAAAAUAAUGCUGCAGGUUUUGGAUACCAGGUGGUGCAGAGACAAUCAGACUUGCUGGUCAGUGCGCCUCUUGCACAAUAUUCCUCAAGCGAAAGGGGGCAACUAUAUAAGUGCUCCACCGAGUCCUGCAGCAAUCUAUCAGUUCAACUGCCAUCUUUUGCCAUCAACAUGUCCCUUGGUUUGACAAUGACAAGUGAUCCCACCACACAAAACACUAUGGUAUGUGGUCCAACCAUCCCAAAGGACUGCAGAAGUAUCACCAUGUACAGUGGUGUAUGCUUUCAGAUAGACCGUUUAAAUAAAGUUGGAACUCCUGUGCCUUCUUCUGAUAAAGAGUGCCGAUCAUCAGAUAUUGCAUUUCUGUUGGAUGGUUCAGGCAGCGUAACAACAACAGAUUUUCGAACAAUGAAGACUUUUGUGAAAAAUCUGGUCCGCUCGCUCCUGCCACUAGAUGCACAGUUUGCUAUUGCCCAGUUCUCCAGGGAGCCCAAAGUCCAUUAUUACUUUAAUGAUUUUUUCUUGGGACGUAUACCAUGGGAGUCUAAAGUUGAUGACAUUAGGCAACAAAUGGGAUCUACUUUCACAGCAAAAGCCAUCAAAUAUGUGGUCCAAAAUAUUUUCACACCAACAAGAGGUUCCAGAUCAAAUGUGAAGAAGGUCUUGAUAGUCAUUACCGAUGGAGAAUCUAACGACUGGUAUGACUUGCAAUCUGCAGCAGCCUCAGCUGAGAGCCAAAACAUUAUUCGAUUUGCUAUUGGUGUGGGGGGCGCAUUUAAUAAGCCUAAAGCAAAAAAUGAACUGGAUACCAUUGCAUCCAAUCCCCAAGAAAACGUGUUUAAAGUGGAGAACUUCAACGCACUUGAAAAAAUAAGGCAGAGUUUGCAGGCCAAAAUCUUCUCUAUUGAAGGAUCUCAAACAAGUGGAGAGUCACUGAAAAUGGAAAUGGCUCAAGAGGGAUUCAGUGCUGCUUAUGUACUUGGGGGAAUUCAGAUGGCUAUUGUUGGUGCUAACGAGUGGAUGGGAGGCUACCUGCGAUACACAAGCUCAGGCCAGAAGACGAGCACCUAUGAGCCUGAUAUAGAAGCUGACAGUUAUUUGGGUUACUCCAUGGCAGUUGCAACAACGAGGCAAGGCCAACUUACAGUUGUUGGUGCUCCAAGAUAUCAACACAGAGGAGUUGUGAUGGCAGUUUACAGAGACAGGAUUAAUCAAAAGAUUGAUCCCUUUCCAUGGCAGUUUCAGAGUGGUGAAUAUUUUGGGGCAGAGGUUUGUGCCAUGGACGUGGAUCGUGACUCCUACACUGACCUAAUCCUCAUAUCUGCCCCUAUGUACACUGACACUGAUAGAGAGGGAAGAGUUUACGUUUGCAGCUUAACUGGUUUGAAUGUCGAGUGUCACUUAGAUUCUCCAUCAGUACUGAGAGGGGAUGCAUCUCACAAAGGAAGGUUUGGGUCUUCUCUUGCUGUACUGCCUGAUCUUAACACAGAUGGUCUCAAUGAUUUGGCCAUUGGAGCACCUUUAGAGAAUGACCAUGUAGGCAGCAUCUACAUAUUCCACGGCGAAGGAGGACGCAGAAUUAGUUCUGCUUACUCACAGAGAAUUGCUGGCUCUGAAGUCCGGUCUGGACUGAAGUUCUUCGCCAUGUCGAUCAGUCAGUCGUCUUUUGACCUUAGUGGGGACAAUCUGCCUGACUUAGCUGUGGGUUCAAAGGGAGUAGUUGUCUUACUCAGAUCAAAGCCUAUAGUAAUGGUAGAAGCUGCGGUGUCAUUCACCCCAAACCAAAUCCCUACUCAAAACUCUGACUGCACAACACCAUUGCAGAACACAGCUCAAAUCUGCUUUACCAUGACCAGACACUCUCCAAUUGCCAAAGCUCAAGCAAGGAUUAAAUAUACUUUCACGCUGGAUGUCACCCGCAAGGCCCCAAACAACCGAGCUUACAUCACUGAGAAACAACGAGAGCAGACUGGAUCAAUUGAUCUUGACUUAACACAGAAAACGUGUGUCAGGGUGAAAUUCUUUGUUGAGGCUUGUGCAGACGAUGCUCUCAAUGCACUUUCUAAUGAACUCAGAUUCACCUUUGAAGGUGUGCCUUCUGACCAAACUCUCAGCCCAAGUCUCGCCCUGCAGGCUCAGACAACAGCCAUUUAUCCAUUAGGGUUCGAGAUCAACUGCGGCAGUGACAGCAAAUGCGUAGAUAGCCUGAAAGUGGAUUUCAACUUUACCAGAUCCUUAGAGUUUAAAGUGGGCAUUGAUGAACUGCUGGAAAUCACCGUCUCCGUGGAGAACAGUGAGGAAAACUCCUACAACAGCCGUGUCAUUCUCACAUACCCAGUCGGACUCUCCUAUAGGAAGUUUACAAGUCUGCAGGGCAGAAUUGAGUGCAACUCCUUGGACAGUGAAGAUGGCUUAUCGCGAGGAAAGACAGACUGCAUUGUUGACAAGCCUAUUUUCAAGAGCAAAUCUAAGGCUUUCUUCAUCGUCUCCUAUGGGAUCCAAACAAAUACUCAACUUGACAGGUGGAUUUUUGUCACCGCAAAUGCUACCAGUGGGAAUCAGGAGCACUCCAGCUCAAGCGAACUCUACAAAAUGAAAGGGAUUGAUGUGAAAUACAGCAUUUUUGUUACAAUUGAAAGUUCCCUCAGCUACAACAAUUUCACUUUCGGAAAGAAUGAUUUGGAGAAACCAGUCCAACAAUCAAUUGUGGUUACAAAUAAUAUCAGAGCACUGAAUUUCACUGUGGUGAUCAAGGUGCCAAUAAAGCUCGGUGAUAAAGACAUCUGGGUGGAUUCGAGCAGUUUGCAGUUUCCAGACUGCCAAAGAGACAAAGAUGAAGAACCUGCUGUGAGAGAUUUUGUUGCUCAGAUACAGAAAAAUAUGUUAGUGGACUGCUCUGUAGCCAGGUGCAGAGUGUUCAAGUGCACUAGGUUCAUGGGGAGACUGGAGAGGGAAAAGUACCAAAUCUCUGCCAACCUUAGUUCUAGAUGGAUAGAGCAGAUUGGACUUCAAUCUGCCAAAUUCCUCUUGACCAGCACAGCCAGUCUGGAGUACGACAGUAGCCAGUACAUCUUCUUUUCACCAGGGUCUAAUAACAACCCUCCUGUUCGCAAGAUUGAGGCAGAGGUAGAAGUGUAUCCUAAACCAGACUUCACCAAAGAGAUUGUCGGAGGAUCCCUGGGAGGGUUGGCUCUACUGGCUUUACUCACUGCUGGCCUGUAUAAGGCUGGAUUUUUCAAGAGUAAAUACAAGGAGAUGAUUAAUGAUAACGCAGGAGAAGCAGGAGGUCCAGGGGUUGAUGGAGGCGCACCUACACAAGAAUAACAAACAUAAAAUCAGUUGAUGUCCCACAAACACAUCCAAUACAUUCAUAGUAUCAGCCUGCUGAUUGCAGCUGACCACAAAAUAACGAAACUGUCCCAACAUCUACAGUCUCUUAUUAGUUCAUGUGUUACUCAAAGUUAAUCUGAAAUUUGAAAAUAUAUAACAUCUUGCCAUCUUUAGGAAUGUACAUGAUUUGUAUGGAUGAAAUAUCCCCACUACCACUUUCGAUUCAUUAAACUAAAAAACAUUUCUCUAAUCUAAAUUUAGAACUGAAUAGCCCAUUGUCAGUCUACAAGGAAACAUUUCUCUGUGUAUAUUUCUGCAAACUUUGUAUGUUAAUUUGUAAAAUUUCUUGCAUGGUAAAAAAAAAAUCAAUUCAGCAUGAUGAGCUGGAUUCUGAUUUUCAUCACAUGUUGUACUGUGAAACUGCUGAAAUACAAUGUGGUAUGCUUAAGAGCUGCUCACUUGCUAAAUAACUGUUUUAUAUACCUUUUAUUGAAAAUGUGAAUUGCUUUGUUUAGGAAUAAAAUAUAAAAUAUGCAA